GCCUUCGAGCACUUGAGCAGGCAGUUUGUAAAGCUCGCCGACAGCCAGCAGGCCGACCUGGUCGACGCCUUCGAGCCGCUGCGCCAGGACCGACCUGCGCCGGCGCAUGGAGGAGGCCGCCGAGGGGCUGAACUGCUGGCUGGGGGAGGCGGGAGCGGGCGCCUCGGCCUCGCCCCAGCGGCUGGAGGAGCCACCUCAGGGCCAUAGACGAGGCUCCCUUGAUGCGCUGGUACAAGCGCUGUCCGGACCUGCAGGCGAAGGCUCGGUUCCUCCUGGCGCUCGCCGCGGUGCUGCGGGCGAUCGGCGGCGCGUCCGCGGAGCUGCAGGCAUUGGUGCAGGCGCACCCUCCGGUGGCGAGGCUGGUCGGGCAGCUCACCGACCGUUUCUUCGUCAUCCCAGAGCACGGCAGCGUCCUGACCGCUUGGCGCGGGGGUGGCUACAACCGGACGCUCUGGCGGGCCGCCCGGCGCGCCUCGGAGCGGCUGAAGGACGACCUGCAGGUGCGCCUCGUGAGCGCGCUGCGCAAGGCCACGGUGCCCGUGGCCGCGCCGCCAGGCACUAAAGCCAGACCGCAGUUGCAGCUGGAGCUCCGCGAGUGGCCGAUGACCGGGUGCCCCCUGGCCAAGGAGCUGCUCGAGUUCCUGCAGCAGCGCGGCAGCGAGCUCGGCGACCUGGGGCAGCCCGCCCUCGACGACUGCCCGCCGCACGCGCUGUGGCCCAGCACGCUGCGGAAGCUGCUGGGGCGGCUGGACGCCCUGGAGCUGGUGGACGCUACGGGCGGCAAGGACGACGCCCCGCCGGGCUCCCACCGCGGCGUCGUGCGCCUGCGUUGGGAGGCCGUGUCCUACCUCGCCUUCAAGGCGGUGGGUACCACGCCGCAGGCCGCGCCCGAGGCGCCCGGCCAGGGCGCCGCGGCCGCCGCGGGCAGCUCCGAGGCCUCUGGAGACGCCUCCGGGGGCCCCCGGGACGACUCUCGGAGGCCGGCGUCGCGGCGGCACGGCGGCGUGUUUUGCCGCAGCUUCCCCGUGCAGUGCCCGCAAGGGACAGGAGCGGGAGCCUCGAGGCAGGCGAGCUCCUGCUGGCGCGCGCGCCUGGAGGUGGGCAGCGAGGCCACUGGCGCGAAGACAUCUGCGCUCGGGAUGGAGGAGUCGGAGCGUAGCUUCGGCGAUGGCGCAGAUUACCCUGGGAGCCUCUGCUGCAAGCGCAGGGUCGCCUGCGAGCGGCGUGGGAUGCUCGCGCCAUCGCGAGUCGCCGUGGUCUCUCGGGGCACGUGGGGGGCCCUCCGCGUCUCCGCCAGGCUCAGCCUCGGCGUCGAUGCCGACGGGGGCCUCGUUCCUCUCGAGGCGGCCGACCGGCAGGCCCCACCGCGGCAGGGGAGCGGCGGGCAGUCCACUCUGGCCGUGGCGCUGCUCUGCUUCGGGGAGUCCGAGCAGCGGCAGCAGCAGCCGCAGCGGCGCUGCGUGUGGCAGCAGAUGCCGUGCCGGCACGGCCCCGAGCUGCGCGCCAUCCUGAGAGCGAGCCUGGCUCGGGCGCUGGGUGUCGAGCUGGGCGCGCUGACGUCCCGCAGGGCUCUGCUCGCACCGCUGCGGCCCCCUCCGCUUCGGCCCGGAGUCCCACCGCUGGCCUUGCUGGCCGUCUUGGCCCUGCAGGUCGCGCGCGUGAGCGGUGGCGCGUCGAAUCUCGCGGGAGACUGGCCCAGCUUCGCGCGAACCUCUGAUCCCAAAGCGGCUCUCGCCAAGGUCCGGGGCGCGGGCCAGCCCGCUCGCCCCCGCCGCGGGCUGCUGCGCCUCGUGGCGAAGGGAAGAGUGCGGUCUGCAGCCGCGCCCAUCGCCAUGGCGAGCGCGUCGCCAGUUUGCGCGGGCGCGCUCCUGCUGCCCCUGCUCGGCGCCGUCGCGAGCGCAGCCGAGGUGGCGCCCCCACUGCCGCCCGCGGAGGACCCGAUGGCCUCGGCGGCCGCCGCGGGGUCUGCCGCCCUGGCAGACGCUGUCCCGCGGACAGCCGCGCAGAAGACGAGGAACGGCCUGACCUUCCAGCAGGGCAGGGGCGUGAAGGCUAAGGAGGCGCCGAGGCUGCAAGAGGGGCGCGGCAGGAAGCUGCCCCUCGGGCCCCUCGCCGACGUCUGCAAGGCGCACGGCGUCAGCGAGCGCCGGGCCCUUCCUGGGCGCGAGGGGGAUUCAAGUGGCGCGCGGAAGCGUGUGAAACUGUUGGAAUUUGCGCGGGAGAUAUUGCUCCAGAUGUUCGGCGCCAGCGUAGAGCAGGUUCCGCGCGCCCCGUGGCGCGACGCGCAGUGCGGCCCCUCGAUCACGCUGGCGCCCGUCUCUUUGGAAGAGGAGGACGAGAAGGAGGCGAAUGUCACGAUCUUCGCCAUCGUCGUCGGCGGCGUCGGGCUGUCCCUCAUUGUCUGCUGCGUGCUGACGGAGGUAUACGUGCUCAGGAGGCGGAGGGCGCGCCAGCGCGUCCUGGUCAACGGCAUCAACGCCCAGAUCAGCGCCCUGAUGGGUCUCGAGGGGCCGCCAGCCGACGGGACCGGCGACGCCGAGGAGGGCAACGACAACAACAAGCCGCCCUCCCCGUCGGGGGAGGCGAGUACGCCCACGCCGCCCGACGACAGCCCCCACGGCAGCACCGAGGACAGCGGAGGCAGUGGCGGUGGUGACAGCGUGAACCUGUACAUCAAGCUGGCGAAGAAGACGCCCGUGGAGAAGAGCGGCGCCACCCUGCGGAACGACGGCGUGUCGCUGGAGAUUUCGGAGCUGCAGGACGAUGGCUUCCUGAGGGAGUGGAAUCGCAUGCACCCCGGCAGGGAGGUGCAGGUCGGGGACCGCAUCGUGAGCGUCAACGGCAUCUCCGGCAGUUGCAGCAGGAUGCGGCGCGAGUUUCAGCUCUCGCCCAAGCUCGACAUGACCAUCCACCGAGCCUCGUCCAAUCAGGUCAGCAACGUGGUCGAGGAGGACACCUCCCUCUACUCGAAGCUCAGGCUCCAGAUGGGCUACGACACUCCGCGGCGGGAGCCGACGCAUCCGUCUGGUGGGAUCUUCACCGCGCGAAGCGUUGCUAGCAUCUGA